GAAAGGGUCCUGCUGGCGGCGCACAGUAGAUGGCGCUGUGGCCACUGCUGGGUUGUGAUGAUGCGGCUGCGAGGCGAGCUGGGAGCGAGUGCGAGGCGACGCGCAUUUCUGGGGCUGCUGCUGCGGCGGCGGCGGCGGCCACUCUCUGCUCUCCCUCGUUCUUUCCUGCUCGUUGUACCCUCCCGCGUCUGCGGCAGUUGGGCCGAGGCGGAAUGUUCCGCAAGGCGCGGCGCGUGAACGUGCGGAAGCGGAACGAGUCGGAGGAGGAGGACGAAGAGCGAGACGAGGAGCCGCCUCAGCCGCUGCUGCUAGGAGGGGAUGGGCCUGCGGGGGAGGCCGCUGCGCCAGCUCCGAGGCCGCCGCUCCUGCCGCUUCCGACGGGCUGCGUUCCCCUCGUCGCUCCCGGAGGCGGCGGCGGCGGCUUCGGUUUUGGCAGCGCUGAGGCGGUUGGCCGGGGAGGACCCGGCUUGACGUCCUCGCAGCUGCUGCUGCAGCCGCCGCCGCCGCCUCUUCCUCCUCCUCCUCCCCUACCGCCGCCGCCUCCCUCGCCGCAGCAGCCGGGGAACAACGGGCUCCUGUCGGCGGCUUCCAAGGCCCGGGAGCGGAGAAACAAGAGCAAGGAGGUGGCCGCGCCGCUGCCGCCGCCUCCGCCGCCACGCGGAAGCCUCAGUCUGCUCAGCUUCCAAGAUGAAGAGGAGGAAACUGAAGAAGUUUUUAAAGUGAAGAAAUCAAGUUACAGUAAAAAAAUAGUGAAGCUGCUGAAGAAAGAAUACAAAGAAGAUCUUGAAAAAUCCAAGAUAAAAGUAGAACCCAACUCUUCAGCAGAUGCUGAACAAUCUGCAGACAAAAUAGGACAGAUAAAAGAUGCAGUUCUAGAAGAUGGGGCUGCAAAUAGUGAACAAGGGGAAGAGGAGAUGGAAGUUGAAAGUGAGAAGGAAGAAGAAAAGCCAAAAGUGGGAGCAUUUUCAAGUGCUUUGUCAUCUCUGAAUGUUCUACGUCCAGGAGAAAUCCCGGAUGCUGCUUUUAUUCAUGCUGCUAGAAAAAAGCGCCAAAUGGCACGUGAGCUUGGAGAUUUUACUCCACUUGAUAAUGAUCUUGGAAAAGGGCGUCUUGUUAGAGAAGAUGAAAACGAUGCCAGUGAUGAUGAAGAUGAUGACGAGAAGCGAAGAAUAGUCUUUUCAGUGAAAGAGAAGUCCCAAAGGCAGAAGAUUGCAGAGGAAAUAGGCAUCGAGGGAAGUGAUGAUGAUGCGCUAGUUACUGGGGAACAGGAUGAAGAACUCAGCCGGUGGGAGCAAGAACAGAUACGUAAAGGCAUUAAUAUACCUCAGGUUCAAGCAAGUCAGCCUGCUGAAGUGAAUAAUCUGUACUACCAGAAUACUUACCAGACAAUGCCUUAUGGUUCAUCUUAUGGCAUUCCUUACACAUAUGCUGCUUAUGGAUCGUUGGAGACAAAGUCUCAAAAAACAGAUAAUACAAUACCUUUCAAAACUCCGAGUAAUGAGAUGACUCCUGUUACUAUUGAUUUGGUAAAGAAACAGCUUAAAGACAGGUUGGACUCAAUGAGAGAAUUUCACAAAGCAAAUCAGCAACAACACGAGAAGCAUCAGCAAAGCCGCGAUGACUCUACCAAGACAAUUGAAAGAUUGGAAGGGUCAUCUGGAGGCAUUGGCGAACGGUAUAAAUUUCUGCAAGAAAUGCGAGGGUAUGUCCAAGACUUGCUUGAGUGUUUCAGUGAAAAGGUGCUCCUGAUAAACGAACUCGAAUCAGCAAUACACCAGCUGUACAAACAGCGAGCUUCCCGCCUUGUCCAAAGACGACAAGAUGAUAUUAAAGAUGAAUCUUCGGAGUUUUCAAGCCAUUCAAGUAAAGCACUGAUGGCACCAAACCUUGAUUCUUUUGGACGAGACAGGACACUAUAUCAAGAACAUGUGAAAAGGCGGACAGCAGAGAGGGAAGCUAGAAGAGCUCGUCGAAGACUUGCUAGAGAGCAGUCAGGGAAGAUGGCUGAUCACCUUGAAGGUCUUUCUAGUGAUGAUGAAGAAACCUCAACAGAUACCACAAACUUCAAUAUGGAGAGAGAUCGCAUUUUGAAGGAGUCCAGCAAAGUGUUUGAAGACGUAUUAGAAAACUUUUACUCUAUUGACUGCAUUAAGUCACAGUUUGAAGCCUGGCGUUCCAAGUAUUUAUCUUCUUAUAAGGAUGCUUACAUUGGCCUUUGCUUACCUAAGCUGUUCAAUCCUUUAAUAAGGCUACAAUUACUUACUUGGAAUCCUUUGGAGGAUAAGUGCCAAGACUUUGAGAGUAUGCUGUGGUUUGAAUCCUUGCUGUUUUAUGGAUGUGAAGAACAUGAUCAAGAGAAGGAUGAUGCUGAUGUUUCACUGUUGCCUACUAUUGUGGAAAGAGUGGUUCUACCUAAAUUAACAGUACUUGCUGAAAAUGUAUGGGACCCUUUUUCUACAACACAAACAUCUAGGAUGGUAGCCAUUACCCAGAAAUUAGUAAAUGGCUAUCCUUCAGUGGUGCAUGCAGAAAACAAAAAUACACAGACAUUACUAAAAGCCCUCUUGCUAAGAAUGAGGAGGACGCUAGAUGAUGAUGUAUUCAUGCCACUGUAUCCUAAAAGUGUCUUAGAAAACAAGAACUCUGGUCCUUAUUUGUUUUUCCAGCGACAAUUUUGGUCUUCAGUUAAGUUACUGGGAAACUUUCUACAGUGGCAUGGAAUUCUUUCCAACAAAACCCUUCAAGAGUUAUCAAUAGAUGGCCUGUUAAAUAGAUACAUUCUUAUGGCUUUCCAGAAUUCUGAGUAUGGAGAUGACAGUAUUAAGAAAGCUCAAAGUGUAAUCAGCUGUUUUCCUAAACAGUGGUUCACUAAUCUUAAAGGAAAUAAGACAAUAUCACAUCUAGAAAACCUCUGUAGAUACCUUGUUCAUCUUGCUGAUACAGUAUACAGAAAUAGCAUUGGAUGCUCUGAUGUAGAAAAAAGAAAUGCAAGAGAACAUAUAAAACAGAUCAUAAAACUUCUAGCAAGUAUUCGCGCACUGGACCACGCUGUAACAGUUGCAAGCGAUCAUAACGUGAAAGAAUUAAAAAUUUUAAUUGAAGGGAAAUAAAAUAUCAACAGUUUAAUUCCGGGCUUUAAAAAUCAUUCCUGAAAUGUAAUUUUGUAUAUAUGUAAAGUUUUCUUAAACUGUAACGAUGGAUUGUUUUUAAUACAAAGUACAUUCUUCUAUAAAGCAUCUGUAACUAGUAUUGAUGUCUAAAAAAGUAAAAAGGCCAGGAAAAGUUUUGUCUGCAUCUUGUUUACAAGAACCUUUUAUACCCCAAAGUGGCUAUCUAUUCAUUUCACUGUCCAGUAGUUAACAGGAAACCAUAAAAUUAUUUAUCAGAUUAUAUGAAAAUAUGUACAGCCCUAGAGUUAUGCAUUUGAAAUAAUGGCAUAUUUCAAAACAAGAUUUUCCAUUGGAAUUUGGUGAUAAAAUUGGUUAAAUAUGUAAAUAAACCUAAUAAGAGUAAAGAAGUUUCCAAAAUACUACCCAAGGUUGUUGGCAGUAUAUGUACUGGUGGCAAGUAGCUGAAUAUUAACAACUGCAUUCAGGUAAUGUUACUGGCAUUUUUUUUAAUUUAUUUUUUUUAAACCAAACAAACAUCAAGUGAGCUGUAAUUGCUUGCCAUUGAAGGUAAUGGUGGCUUUCUGCAUAUCCAAUUUUCCCCCCAAGUGAAAGCAUUUCAACCGUGCAAUAUGGAUUCUUGUUCUGAAAGAAAAACUUCUAAAUUAGUUCAUUAUAUAUAUUUUUUCAAUCCCUUUUUAAAAUAUAUAUGAUCUCAUAAUAUGGUAAUUCAGUAUAUUAAUGCCCCCCCAAAGCCCAUGAGCUAUGUCUAACCUCUGGUCAAUAUACUGAAUAUUUCAAAAAGCUACUUUCUUUGUGUCUGAGUUUGCUUGCUUAUGUUGCCACGGCCUUGUCCUAUUCAUCCCCCUUACAACACCUCAGACGGGGUGCUGGGAGUUUCCUUGCACCCUUAUCCUCCUUCCCCAAGUCUUGUUCACUCAGCUGAACUCCUCCCUGGGAGCCACAGCCAUCCCCACCAACCUCUUUGUCUUUGCCUCAGUGCUGCCCUACAUCCCCCUAAGUAGCUUGCUGUUUUGUGAGGCCUCCCAGCACUCUUGCAAGAGGUUUGUUGGGCCUCACGAUACUACUUUGGGCUUUCCAGUAGCGUCCUGUUUGUCCUCCAGACUUCUCCUGAGUUGGCCCAACUACACCAAGUAAGCUCUGGCUGUUCAUGCUUUCUUUGGAGCUUGGGUCACCUUAUCAUUUGUAGCUCUUGCUACAUUGUUUAAUUUUAAAUAUUUAAAGAAUAAAUCCUUUUACUUAGGCCAUCGCUUGCCACUACUGAGAUUAGAACACUGUCAUUGCCACUGUUGUAGAUAACUUGGUUUAUCUUCAAGUGUACUCCUUUAUACUUGAGAAAAGUAGAAAUUAGAAUAUUGAAUCAUUGUAUUUUAUGAUGCUCUUGUCAUGUGAUGUAAAGAAAAUAUUAAAUGUACAGUAUGCCUUUUGGA